GAGAAGAGAGCGGGGGCCAGGACGAGCACAUCCGAGGAGGACGCGCAGGGAGACUCACUUCUUUUCCCCCUCCUUUUCAAUCAAAGGACAACCCGUGGCGGAGGAAUACCUUUUUUUGUUUUUACCCCGUCAGGAGAGAGACUUUCACCAUGUUUGUGUGAUUUUUUGCAGCAUGUAAAAAAACUCCGCCAUAUCCAGCUCACCACGCCCGGAGCUCAGCCACCAGGGAAGUGUGAUCGUCCAGGAGCCAUGAUUCUGUGCUCGGUGGGAACGUGCUGCCUCAGCCCGGAGGCCAAGGAGGCUCGACGGAUCAACGACGAGAUAGAGAGGCAGCUCCGCCGGGACAAGAAGGACGCCCGCAGGGAGUUCAAGCUCCUCUUGCUCGGAACGGGUGAAAGUGGGAAGAGCACUUUCAUAAAGCAGAUGAGGAUCAUCCAUGGCCGUGGAUACACCGAGGAGGACAAGAGAGGCUUCACCCGGCUGGUCUACCAGAACAUCUUCACAGCCAUGCAGGCCAUGAUCCAGGCCAUGAACUCGUUACGAAUCCCCUACAAGUACGAGCACAACAAGGCCAACGCCAUCAUUGUCUGUAGCGUUGACGUGGAGAAGGCGACGACAUUGACGAACCCGUACGUGGAUGCCAUCAGGAGCUUGUGGAGCGACCCGGGGAUCCAGGAGUGUUACAAUCGGAAGAGGGAAUACCAGCUCUCGGACUCCACCAAAUACUAUCUGAAUGACUUGGACCGAAUAGCUGACACUGCUUAUCUGCCAACGCAGCAGGACGUCCUGAGGGUCAGGGUGCCCACCACGGGUAUCAUAGAGUACCCCUUUGACCUGGAGAACGUGGUGUUCAGGAUGGUGGACGUGGGAGGCCAGCGUUCAGAGAGAAGGAAGUGGAUCCACUGUUUUGAGAAAGUCACGUCGAUCAUGUUCCUGGUGGCGCUCAGCGAGUAUGACCAGGUCCUCAUCGAGUCGGCCAACGAGAACCGAAUGGAGGAAAGCCUGGCCUUGUUCCGGACCAUCAUAACCUACAAGUGGUUCAAAGACUCCUCAGUCAUCUUGUUCCUCAACAAGAUCGAUUUACUGGAGGAGAAAAUCAUGUAUUCACAUUUGGUCGACUACUUCCCUGAAUACGAUGGUCCCCAGAGGGACGUCAAAGCGGGCAAAGAAUUCAUCCUAGAUAUGUUUGUCAGCCUCAAUCCAAUCGAGAAAAAAAUCAUCUACUCCCACUUCACUUGCGCCACUGACACAGACAACAUUCGCUUUGUGUUCCGCGCGGUGAAGGACCACAUCCUGCAGGAAAACCUGGAAGUCUACAACCUGGUUUGAAAGAAACGUCAGGGUCCAAUCGGCUCCACGCGGCCGGCAGUCAGGAGAGCUCUGCAGUGAUUCAGUUUGCCCCACGCUGCUUCUGAACACUAUAAUCCAACACAGGAAACCGAGAAGCUAUGUAGAGCUUGUCGCCAAAUGACUGUACUACUGAUGCAUUUCAAAAUUUCCCUGUGAGGCUCUUUGACAAAUGGAUGUCUCCAGCUAUAAUGAAGCGUGUCCUGACAAUUAAAGGGCCUCCUUAGCGAGGAGUCUUAUUAUUGCGCGCACUCUUGAAAUGUAUGGAGCUCUUUGUGAACGUUGUUGAAGAACAGUGACGGUACAAAUGCACAUUGAUGGAUUGAGAGGGGGUCGAGGGGGGGAAGAAGUAUUUCAGUGGCCUCAAAAGCCUCUGAGGACCAGUAAUGUACGAGGUCUGUCCUUCAGGGAAUCUGUGGAAGUGGAUGUAGACUAACUGCAAUGCAGCACCUCACAUCACUAACCCGAGUUGGUCAUAGUUUAUUUUUUUAAGUUUAACGUACGAAACAGUGUGAAAUACUCUAAAUGCUUAGUUUGUAUCGGGACUCAAUGAUAAAACGAGUCGAACACUAAUGACAAUUAUUUUAUCAGAGAUAUUGAUUUGCACACUUGUUCCUUUUGUAGCAUUAGCGUUGCAGCGUUAGCUGACCGUCUGUGUGUGUGUGUGUGUGUGUACAUCGAUUCAUUGAUUAUGAUAUUCACUCUGGCAUUGUUCAGUGUUAAACCACUUUCUUUUUUGUGAGCACAGCUUUGGUAUAUUUUUUAUAAUUUAACCCACAUUUCAAAAGAGACAUCCGCAUUCCUUCCUUAAGUCUUCUAUCAAAAGCUAUAGAAUAAAGAGAUCAGGGAGUAUUUGUUUGGAUUUUAAGUAGUCAUUGUUGCCUUUAAAAUCAUCCGCUAUAAUGUCUCUCUCGCUCCAUUGUUUAUUUGAAUGCAUGGUGUAAAUAUUGCAUGGUACAGUAUUUUCAUAGAUAGUGUGCUUCAAAGUGUUAAAACGCUCUCUGCUGAAGAGAGAAGAACCUCGGAGGCAUUCAACCAGUACUUUUGAUAUUAAUUCAUAUACUUUUGAAGAUAUCAAAUGCAUGAAUAAAAAAUCGUAUCAAAGCGUAUCCGCAGCAGGUUUACACGACCCCCUUUCCUUCUUGUUGAGAAUAAUUACUGUCUAAUUUGCACGGUUUCUUUGUCACUGAGAUGUCUUAACAAACAAGUCUUGGUGUUUUUUUGUAAUCUGGAUAAAUAAACAGACAUUUUUUCUGUUCA